AUGAUCUUCCCGCGCGAUGCACUUUUUCUUCGCCGCGAACAACCCGCCCCCCCCAGCACCAGCCUCGAGCACGUGCAGGAUGAUCACGUGACAUUGAGCGUGUGCCUGGACGAUGCACAGACGCACAGUGGAGACGUCUUUAGAGCUUCCUUCGAGUUGGUGGGUCCUAAGAAGUAUGCAGGGAAUGUAAAGCUAGACUACGUCGUGGUGUACCUCUACGGAGUGUUCAUGCUAAACCAGGAGGUCCUAACUGCCUGCACCAAUGGCCCUCUCUCACAGAAGCAGGAAAAUAUUAACCUACCUUUCUAUGGACCUAAUGAAAAGGAGGAACAGAAAUUCUUACUCUUCUACUCCAACCCAAUAGUCCUCUGCACCGACGUAAACUUUGCAACCCCAAGUGAAACGACGCACUACCACCUCAGUUGUAUCCUUCCACCAUUCCUCCCCCCGACCUACAAUGGGAAGCUUAUCAAAUUUAAGUAUUGCAUGUACGUGCAGGCAGUUAAAAGACUCUACAGAAAUAGAACCCAAUUUGUAACAAACCGAUAUGAGCAGCAUCUACCUUUGCGCAUACUCUGUGGUAGAUGUGUCCAUUCUCCGGUGCUAGACUUGGUGCUGCUUCCCAUUAAACCGAGCAGUUCUCAAGGGGGGGGCGUCACAAAUGGGGACAAUGGGGAAGACCCACCCGACUACCUCUACCAUGACUUUCGAGUCGAAGUGAACGAGGGGGAUACUUCCCCAGCGGGAUCGAGUAAGAACCCCCGACCUGGGGGCAUACUGGAAAGCAGCCCAUUUAACUCACCCUCCAUUCCGCUGCACCUAUACAACCAUGUUGAGAAGACACCCCUUGAUAGACUCCUCUGUAUAUACCUCCUCUCUUCACAAAGAAAAGAGGACUCGUCUCUCUUCCUCCUAAACCACGUCCUGCCCAACUAUAACUACUUCCACUAUAUGCACGUGUUUCUGUAUGUGGCUCACCAUUGGGAUUACUACACGGGGGAGCUUUCCCUGAGUGGGGAUGCUGACCGGAUUGGUAGCCUCCGUGCCUUCUUCUCGUUCCUGCGCUGGCGUGGCGGGUAUUCCAUAGGUGGCACUUCAGGGGGGAACACGAACCCUGUGGAAGACCCUUCCUCCGAUCAUUACUCUCUACAGAACCAUGACAACCGUAUGCACGACGCCUACCUCAGCAACUACCCCGACUUCGUCUUCAACGAGAUAAAGUACGUCCCAAUACGUUGGUACGAUAACUUGGUUCUUCACCAACCGUCCAGUUUGCCUGGCGAAACAACCGAUGAGGAAGACUUUGCCAAUCUUUACUUGGGAGAGAUCAGUUCCGAAUCGAGUAGUGACUUAGACGAAGCAGUCGACAUGCGUGAGGGGGCAAGUCUACAUAGAUGCACUCCAUCUGAGGUGGUGACAAACCAAACGGUAGAGGAAACCCCUCAUCAGGGGGAGAAGCAUAAUGCAAUUUUACCUGAACAUGGAAAGGGGUUCCUCUUAGAUAAAGCCUACACUACAGUGGACACCAUCGUUCAGUGCAUGCAGGAGGGAGACAUGUUCAGACGAAUCAACACUCGGAAGAUAAAGCCACAGAGGUUGUCCCCCCACGUGGGUAGUGAACCAACCGGUAGGGUAGUCGUCCCCCCGGUGGUGGAGAACCCAAACGGACAGACACCAAAUAAAGACACGUCACAAAAUAUAUAUCGAAUAAACGCGGGUGGAAAAAACAUAUGUCUGAUCACCCUAAUGGAUGGAAUAGACAACCAAGUAACAGACACCUUCCCACACGGUGGGAUCAUUAACGUGAGACUCUAUUUCGGUGGAGCAACGAUCCCUACAGUGCAUGUAGAUAUACGUCUGAAACGGGUCGAACGGGUAAAGGUAAACCCGAACCUCCUAACACUGCAGAGGAACAAGCUACAUGAUGAGAACGUAAUUUCAGAUGAGGGGAACACGUCCCUGGACUCGGAGGGGACCCCUCACCAUUCCAUCUGCAGCUGUAAAUUAAUUUGUGAGAGGAAUGUCUCUACCCUUCACUGUUCUGUAAAGAAUGUGAGCUUUGUUCUUGGGGAAGACGUCGUUCCUUCUUUUUCAAAUGACACAGUCAGGGUUGACUACCUGCUGGACUUUGACUUCUUCUGCCGUCACAAGGGGGACAGAACAAACAGUGACCAAACCAGCAAGGGUGGCAAGGUUAAUGAAGUUAAUGAAGUAAAUGAAUCCAAUGAAGGGAAGGGAUCGAUCCAACCGGGAAAAACCAACGAAGCAAACCCAACCAGUGCACUAGGCAGAACACACUCCGACUCUCUCUCCCUGAACGAAUCCCUCGACGAUAACAUUUAUAGCCUCACCUUUCGCAUCCCCAUCCACAUUACUGAGAGAGCACACGACGUCUGCCCGCACGACGCCAGCAAUAGUAAUGGUAUCCCCGCCUGGCACGCUAAAGUGAACAAAAACGAGGAGGGAACCACCAGCCAGCUCCUCUUACAAAACAGUCACAAGUUUGUCUACGCUGAUAUGAGGCACUUCGUUCGCACCUUGAAGAUGUGA